CGACCCUUGGCUUCGUGUGGUUCGAGACGUUUCGCGCACCAGUCCGCUGUCGUCUCUCCCAUCGGGUCGGCCGUGUGCGCCUGGGUGGCAUUGGCUGACGGCCGUCAUGGCGAAAACCUCGGGGCACCGCACGUACCUGGUUCUGGAGAACUACGUCGGGGGCAGAUUCGUGCCCUGCCGGCACCACAUCGACUGCUACGACCCGUCCACCGGAGAGGUCUACUGCAAAGUACCCGACAGCGGCGGCGAGGAGGUGGAGGCAGCAGUGGCGGCAGCUAAAGAAGCCUUCCCCGACUGGUCUGCCCGCAGCCCACAGCAGCGAGCACAGGUCCUCAACAAGCUGGCCGACCUGAUCGAAGCUCACCUGGAGGAGUUUGCCCAAGCUGAGUCCAGAGACCAAGGUAAAACGGUGACAUUUGCACAGACUGUGGACAUUCCCCGAUCUGUGUACAACUUGCGCUUCUUUGCGUCAUCGGUGCUCCACCACACCACCGACUGCAGCCAGAUGGACCACAUGGGCUGCCUCAACUACACCAUCCGUAGCCCUGUGGGAGUGGCUGGUCUGAUCAGCCCCUGGAAUCUCCCCCUGUACCUGCUGACCUGGAAGAUUGCGCCCGCAAUCGCUACGGGAAACACGGUGGUGGCCAAACCCAGCGAGAUGACAUCCGUGACAGCCUGGAUGAUGUGCAAGUUGAUGCAGCAGGCCGGUGUUCCUGCAGGAGUAGUCAACAUCGUAUUUGGCACUGGUCCCAGAGCAGGCGACGCCCUUGUUGGCCAUCCUGACAUCCCAUUGGUCUCCUUCACUGGCUCCACAGCAACUGCCCAGCGCAUCAUAGAGCGGAGCGCCCCCUACUGUAAGAAGCUCUCACUGGAGCUGGGAGGUAAAAACCCUGCCAUAGUUUUCGCGGAUGCAGACCUGGAGCAGUGCAUCGAGACCACGGUUCGCUCCAGCUUCUCCAAUCAGGGAGAAAUCUGUUUGUGCACCAGUAGGAUUUAUGUAGAGAGGAGUAUCUACUCUGAGUUCCUGGAAAAGUUUGUGGCUGCAACUAAGAAGUGGAAGACCGGUGUGCCAUCUGACCCCAGCAACAACAACGGAGCUCUCAUCAGCAAAGACCACCUGGAAAAGGUUCGACGCUUUGUAGCACUCGCCAAAUCUGAUGGUGGCAUCGUCCACUGUGGUGAGGGGGUUGACACGCUGGACCUGCCUGAGCAAAACAAAUCCGGCUACUUUAUGCCGGCCACUGUCAUCUCCGGCAUAUCUGACAGCUCCCCUGUCAUGCAGGAAGAGAUCUUCGGCCCCGUCACCUGCGUCAGCCCCUUUGACACAGAGGAUGAAGCUGUUUCCAAGGGCAAUGGUGUGCGUUACGGUCUGGCGGCCACCGUUUGGUCCCAAGACGUUGGGAAGGUUCACCGGAUGGCCAAGCAGUUGCAGGCAGGAUUAGUUUGGACCAACUGCUGGCUGGUGAGAGAUCUGAACCUACCCUUUGGUGGGAUGAAGAACUCUGGUGUGGGGAGGGAAGGAGGGAAGGAUUCCUACCACUUCUUCACAGAGGUGAAGAGUGUCACGAUCAAACACUAAAGAAACAAAGGAAGAGGGCAGCAGUGGCAAGUCUUGAUUGGAGGUACCUUUUCUGUUAGAGACAGGUACAGAAAUGUGGGGAAGGUUUGGCAGUUAAUCAUGACAUUCAUCAACCUAUGUCAGCAACUCUCAAGAUUGUCAACAACAGAUUUCUCCUCACGCUCUCGGAUUAUUGAGCCCUGUAAUUAAGUCAUAUUUGUGGAAUACAAAGUCAGAGAAAGUCACAUUGCAGCAAUACAAAGGAGUAAGCUAGCAGAGAGGCAAAAGAAAGGUUUAGUGAAGAGGAAAUACAUCACCAUGUAAAACAUUAGAAUAUUAUACGUUAAUCAUUUGUUCUUUGCUGAAUAUUUUGUAAAACAAUCCUCUAUUUCUGAGCAGAUAAAAUGCAAAAUGUUUUUGGUCUUAAAAUUAGAAAAAAUACAGACCAGACAAGGUCAGGGGGUAAAGGGCUUAUUUUCUAAGACGUCAAGAGUAAAAUUUGUUAAUUUAAGAACAGCAGUUUAAUCCAACAUCCUUUUAAACUGCGGGUUUGUGUUCUGCAUGGCAGUUCGGGAAGUAACAUAGUACAUCUGAAAAGAAGGCAUACAAACAGUAAUAGCACUAAUAGAAAAGUAAACACGUUUCCUGUGAAGCAGGUGAACACAAAGAGAGUUAAUGUGUGCCUCAGGCCAACCAAAUCCAAAAACCAAAUAAUUCUAGGUGAGUUUAUUCAGAGCAAAACCUUCAGACUGCAAUUUGUUAAGGUGUUUUGUAACACAUACAAGUGUUGCCCCGAAUUAAAAUACCUUAUAGAAAUCCCACAUGUAGUUCAAUAUGUUUUUUUUAAUGUUAACUUUUGACGUCUGGGUUAUGUCAUUGUUGUCUGCGGAAUGCAGUAACCCCUGAUAGCAUCUAUGUCGUAAUGUCAGUAAAAGAUAGAUAGAUAUCAGAUUCUGAGUAUGUUACAAGAAAAUAGUUCUGCCGACAGAUUAAAAUUCACUUUGAGAAUGAAGAAGUCAAAGUUUGACCUUUCUAUCAACACACCUUGUACUUUUCCUGUGUCGGGGUGUUUUCCUUUAUGGUUGCACACAUGGUCAAAGUCUGCGCUGCUUUAUAAUUUUUUACGUCAUGCAAACUUAAUAGUCAGAAGUGUCUGUUUUACAUUGAGUUUUUUUUUUUGCUUUUGAAAUGACUGACCUGCUGACGUAAGAGGGGAGAGCAAAUGUCAAACUGUCCCGUGUGGUGGUUGGACAACAUGUUUGAAGAGAGAAAUAGGAAUGUCAGCAAGCUGAGUGAACUGGAGUGACUUUCUGACUGGAGACAAAUGCUCCGAACGUCUGUCAUGAAAAAACCUUGGUGCUUUACAGUAGAGCAUUCAAAUGAUAGAAUGAACAUGCUCAUAAUGACAAAACUAAGAUGCUGAUGUUUAGCGAAGGUAAUGUUUACCGUGUUCACCAUCUCACUUUAGCGUGGUAGCGUGCUAACUUUUGCUAAUUAGCACUAAACACAAAGCACAGCUGAGCCUGACGGUAAUUUCAUUAUUUUUUGCAGGUAUUUGGUUGUAAACCAAAGUGUUGGACAAUUUUCAAUUUUGACCUGAUGAACUAGAUAAAAACUUGAGGGAUCUGCAAAGUUAUUACAAUUUACGUGACAUGAAAUUCUGCACCAAAUUCGAAUGACAAUCCGUCAAUAGUUGUAGAGACAUUUCGCUCAAAACGACAAAUUUCAACGUACCACUAGCGUGAAUCAUCAGGAUUCAUUGGCUGGGACCCAUGACUGUCCUUGCAAGGUAUUGAGUAAAUCCAUCCAGUAGAUAUUUCACUGGAUAUGUGCAAUUGUUUACCCACCGUUGGCACUAAAGGAAAAGUCCAGGGGAUCGCCAAAGUCAGUAGGGUUCAUCCUCUGGGACCCAUGAAUGUCUGUGCUUCAUCGAACUGACAUUGCCAUCCAUACAGAGGAGCCAGCAUCCGGCACUUGUUGAAUGAUGAAAAAAAUCUUUCAAAUAAUUAUCCAAGUCUUUUGAAUUUAAAAGAUUCCACCACAGCCAUCCUCAGCAACAUGCUUCAUCUUCUCCUGAUCACGUUUUCCUUGCAUUUGUCUGCCCGCUUCCCCUCCCCUCUUUGCCCCCCUAUUAAAGAUGUCUCCUCUCCUCGCUAAACAUCUUAUCAUGACUUAAUGCAGUUUGAGAUGGGACUGAUGUGGGUGCUGGAUUAUGUAUGUCUGUGAGCAUGUGUGCGUGGUGCUUUCUGCCUCAUCUGGGCUGCCGUACCAGUAUAGGAAAAGAAGAUACACAGGGGAAGCACCCAAUCUGUUGAAUAAGCCUGUAAAAUCACGUCCUUUCAUGAGCUGUACUGUAUGUGACAUUUACCACAGAGCCAGUGUGUGUGUCCCACCCUCUGUGUUUUGGCUAGGGAAUGGGUAUUGUGCUGUGUCACGCUGGAUGAUUGCAUACUCACACACGCACUCCUAUGCCUUCCUCGAACAUAGCGUGUGAUGAAAUGGAUACCACCCAAAAGUCAGGUUAGGAGGUCUGAAGAGACGUGUUUUGUUGCACCAACACACACACAUACACCCACCAAGUCAUAAUCUUAGAAACACAGUGGGAACAAAGUAAGUCAGCAAUUAUUUCAUUUUCCUCUGUUUCCGCCCUUUUUCUUGAUUUAUCUUUCAUCUCUCCCUUUUGUGGAUGUUUCAUUGAGAAGGAAAAGGCUCAUUGAAGCAGGUCUCGCCCCACUGUACGUGACUCUGAGGACACUACCGGCGGCUUCAGCCAAACUAAGCAUUUAACUUUCACCUCACUUAUCGGGCACCGGGAGGAAUUAAAAUAGAGCAUCCUUCCAUUUGAUAUCCAUUAGGAAACUGGCAUAUCUGGAAUAUAUAAAGCUCUGUUUUCAUGCUGGCGGCAGGGAUGUGAUAGGCCUCCUGCAGAGGGUUCUCUCAUUGAUAUGUACGUGGAGAGAACAAUCAUAGCCGAUAACCAUUUUCUCUCUUCUUUUGGCCAAAACCCACUGCAAUAAGUCCGUGAAGUAUUAACUUCUUAUGUGUUUCAAUUAUUAAUUUAUACACAGGAACAUUUGAUUGGCUGUUGGGGAAAAAGGUAUGUGAGUGUGUGUUUGUGUAUCAGGGCAAUAUCAAUAGAGACAGAUAAUGAGAAAGAAAGAAAAACAGAUCGAGAAAGCAUGAGCAAGGUCCGAUCCUGACUGUACAUGGAAUAAUUUCCGCGUGUCCCAGUUUCUAUAGUUUGACAGGCAGUGGGGCUUGUUCAUUGAGUCAAUUAAAAAAAAGUAUUCCAUGGAACAAUAAAGAUAAAACCAGCAAUCAGUGGUUUCCAAUCUUCCUAUCUCUUUCCUUUAUUCUUUCUGUGGCAUUUGCCUUUAUUAGCAUUGGUUUUCUUCUCCUCUUCUCCCCUUGUCUCUCUUUGAAUGUCAUGUGUCACGCACAGUAAGCUUGUUCUCUCUCACCACCAGCCUCUCCUUCUCUCACCACACUCCCGUCUCUCAAGGCCUUCUGUCACAUUUGGGUUCAGGGAAUUUUCCACAGCAGGCGGCCUGGCUUUUGUGGUAGAUAAACCCAGAGAUGAAGCUGGGUCCUGAGAAAAUGCUUCAGUUCAAGCAGGUUAAGCAAACUCAGCUAAGAAAACCCCAUGUAUAUUGUGUGUGUGAGAGUUACUUGGCUACAGAGGGCCAAAUGUUUGCAACUGCAUGUCAGUCUCUGCUAGGUGCAGUAUAUUUACCAGUCUAAAAAGGUAAAAUGUUAGCUAAAGAUAGAGCCAUCCACAGUACCACAGUCAGGGUAAAAAUUCAAAAGAACAUGACAAGGAUAUGUAUGUAUUUCACAAGUAUGCACACUUUUCUUAAAUUAAUGGGGUUGUUUUUUUGCAAGAGAGAAAUGUGUUUUGCCUUUCGUUGGUUGCAGUUGUUGCUUUUAAAGGCCCAAUAUGAUGAAUUUUGCUGAGAAAAAAGGCAACAUUCACUGCUUUCCUGACUAAAAAUAUACACUGGAAUUGGAAACCUGCACUCAUAAAUAGCAUUAGUUUCAAAUCUUUUUAUUGCAUUUCAUACUGUCUUGUUUUGGCUAUGAGCAUCACCAACUGAAACCUACAGUAUCUGUAACCUCAGCAUUCUGUACAUUACUCUGAUUCAGUCACAUUUUGACAGUUUUUUUUUUUU